UGGGAGUGAGUUAGUUUGGUGGCAGUGGCGAGUGUUUGUUGCAUGUACUAGAGAGACAGCUGAUAGUUACCAUUAAUAAAUUUUCAAAAUACGGUUUCUAGUAAAUGAAAUGACAUAAAACUGGUGUAAUGUGCAACGACUGUAUAAAAUCUAUAUUAUGGACCGACAUAAAGCGAAAAGGUCUCGAAUAAAUUGUUGUCAUGUAAUAAAUAAUCGAAUAAUAGAUGAAUUGGUAAAUAAAUUAAAUAAUGACGAGAAUAACAACAGCGAAAGGCGCAACAAUAAACUAACGAUUUAAAGGUCUUGUGAAUCUGGCAUGCACUACCAUGAGCAGCGGGCGUGGCCUAAUAGGGCGUCGCCGAGGGGGAAACACAUGGCUUCGAACUGGACUAAUAAUCUUCAUAAUAAUUUUUAUCUCCCUUCAGAUAAACUUUUUAAGUUACCGCGGUUCAAGCGAUUCAAAUUCCGAGCUAAACGAUUCAAAUGCGGCGAUACUGAGUAUGGUACCGGCCGUGUUGCACAAGUUCCUAACUCCAAGGCCUAGAAACGUGAGCAGUAGUUUGGGCCUAAACGGCACCACGGGUGCCAACGCGGCCUACAGCAAGUGGACGCUCAAUAUAUCGGAUAUCAAACGGAACAUCGCACAGUACAAUCUCCAACAAACCGUCUACAACGAAGAUAUUUUCGGGCCUUUGCAAAACGAUUCUGUAGUUAUAGUAAUCCAGAUACAUGACCGCAUAACUUAUCUCCGCCACCUUAUUGUGAGUCUAGCCCAAGCUCGCGGCAUUUCCCAGGCCCUCCUGGUGUUCUCGCAUGACUAUUACGACGAGGAAAUAAACAGUUUGGUCCAAAGCGUCGAUUUUUGUAAAGUCAUCCAGAUAUUUUACCCAUACUCGAUCCAAACACAUCCGCACGAAUUCCCUGGCGAGGAUCCAAACGACUGUCCACGCGAUAUUAAACGAGAACAGGCCCUAAUCCAGAAAUGCAACAAUGCCCUCUACCCCGACCUCUACGGCCACUACCGGGAGGCGAAAUUCACCCAAACGAAGCACCACUGGUGGUGGAAGGCCAACCGGGUGUUCAACCAGCUAGAAAUCACAAGGAACCACACGGGACUUGUGGUAUUUUUGGAAGAGGAUCAUUACGUAGCCGAGGAUUUUAUUUACAUUCUGAAACUGAUGGAACGGACUUGCAAGGAGUCUUGCAAACACUGCAACAUCCUCUCGUUGGGUACCUAUCUAAAAACUUUUAAUUACUACGGGGAUGCUAAAAAGAAAGAGGCUUUGCGAGCUAUCAAGCAACAAUCUAUUCUUAGCGCAGGUCAAGUUCAUCCCUCCUGGACAUUUCAAGUGCUGCCUUCACUCUAUCAGCACUCACAGAAGGUGGAAAUUACACCUUGGAUUAGCAGUAAGCAUAACAUGGGGAUGGCUUUCAACCGCUCCACGUGGAUGGAUAUCGUAGGCUGUGCUGAUUAUUUUUGCAAAUACGACGACUACAACUGGGACUGGUCUUUGCAACAUAUUUCGCAAAACUGUUUGAAACAUAAAUUUCAUGCGAUGGUGGUACGAGGUCCAAGAGUCUUCCAUAUAGGAGAAUGUGGUGUGCACCAUAAGAAAAACAACUGUGAAUCGACGGCUGUAAUUUCAAAAGUUCAACAAGUGCUAAACACUGCUAAAAGACAUUUGUAUCCGAACUAUUUAACACUAACGUAUACAACACUUUUGAAGAAAACUAAAUUAAGGAAGGGGAACGGAGGAUGGGGGGACCGAAGAGACCAUAAACUUUGUAUGAGUAUGACGCUUAGGUAGUUAAAUUUCGCAUUUGGUGAUAUUGUUUCGAUUUUUGAGAGCCGGGACUGAUAGGUAUUGUUUUCGUAAGGUGCUUUAGUUAACUUACUUUGUUUCACCUAAAAGGCGUUAUAUUUUUAUAACAUUUUGUUACGUUUCAUCUUAGUCAACAUUUUGUAUCUAGUCUUAGUUAUUGUUAGUACGUGAAAAGUCAGAAGCUAGCUGGUUUUUUACCACGCAACAAACUGUGUAUAUAAAUGUGUCCAUUUUGUUGCAUCUUUUCUACAUACUCUUCCUGUCCAAUUCUAUAAACCUCUUGCCACUUUCUACAUACAUACACUAAUUUUAUCAGGAAGAUGCUCAACUAUUCAUAAGUUUUUACUUACAUGAUAGCAAGUAUUUGUUUCAAUUCUAGUCAUGUCUCGUAGCAGGACCAAAAUUUUUGAUGUCAAAGCUUAAAGUUGUUUUACAUUUUCGUUAACCAUGCUUAGCGCAGUAUAAUGUUGUAACUGAGUUCAGUGUCCAGAAACAUGUAACUGCGUAGCGAAUAAACCAUAGUCAGUUGAA